AUGGAAACAACAGCCUUGAACGUUAUUCUCAUAAUAUUUGGAGUACUGGGAGGAGUUUUCAGUAUUGUUUCAGCUAUUAUUUAUCUGUGCUACUUUAUGAGUAGUGAUGAUAGAGGAAAAGCUUGGUGUCCAAAAUUAGUUGUUAUUUUCGCUUUUGCUCUUGCUGUUUGUUCAGUGUUUUUACUUCCGUUGGAUGUGGCUAAUGCAAGACUAGAGGGAGAUCUUACCUACGCUUUCCAAAUCACAUGGCAAGUUUUCUAUGGAUUUGUUGCUGUAUUUGUGGUUUUGAUCCUCCCAUUCUUCAUCUUUUAUUAUGAAUCCGAAGACCCAGAAAAGAGCUUUUUACAUCAAAUCAAAUGGGGAAUUUGUGCUACAGUUGUAACUUUCAUUGUUGUUGCUACACUCACUUUGGUCAGUUACUGGUUUUUGGGUUAUGCUGAUAUUCCAUUUAAACAAUAUACAGCCACACAACCAGCCGAUACUUUAUAUGAUGCCUACUAUAGAGCAACGCCAACCUUUGCUGUUAACAAGACUUUAUCCAUCUUUGUCUCGAUUGUUAUUUACAUUAUUGCCGUAAUUCUCUUCCUCGGAUAUUUUGUCUUUAUUACUUGCAGUGGUUGUGGUAUGACAGCUCUUCCAGUUACUCUCAUUAAGGCUUUCAUCUUUAAACCAAAGAGAAUUAAGAGUUCUGAAUUUAUUGAGGCUAAGGCUAGACUUAUGAAACAAUCUAGAAGAUUGAUCGACAUCGGAACCAAACUUCAAGAAGCUCAAGAUGAAGGAAAGAUUACUCUUAAGGAUCGUAGAGUUUUGAACGAUUUCAAGAUUGCUGCCUACAGACUUGAAGAGGAAUGGAAGGUUAUACACACUAGUUUCUUCCAUGCUGGUGGUUCUGUUAUUUUACCAAUUAUUUAUCUCAUUUUGGGUAUUAUUUGUUGUUUGGUCUCACUCACUUGGAUUAUUCACUUGAUUGUUUAUUGGGCCAUCAUCUAUCCACCAAAUGGUAUGCUCAAUGUUGUUUUCAACUGGUUGGAUGAUUUGACAAUAGGUUUCCCAAUUUUGGGAGGUUUGAGUUUCUGGUUCUUUACAGUUUAUCUUAUUUUCACUGUUUUGGCUGGUAAUGCUGCCAUCACAAGUAGAAUUCCAUUGUUUGCUAUUCACCCAAUGAAGAAGGGUGAUACCAUGAUGAACUCACUCAUGUUUAACACUGGUUUAAUUUUGCUUUCCUCUGUAGUUGUUAACCAAUUUUCUCAAAGAGCAUUUAAUUCUUAUUCUAGGUCAACUGCCAUGGAUAUUAUUUUCAGUGGUGCUAUUACCAAUCUCAGAUAUAUCCAAUACUUCUUUUUUUAUCUGAUUUAUGCUUAUUUAGGUUGUUGUGUUAUUGGUUUCUUCUUGGCUCUUAUUUGUUGUAGAGAAAAGACAAAGAAUGAGAAACAAUUGGAAGAAGUCCUUUCAAGAAUUACUGACUAUGCUCCUGCUAGUGAUGAUGCAAUGAUGGACCAACAAUAAUUGGCCAUUUUCUUCUGAAGAAACGAUAACCAAAAGAUUGCAAUUUUUAACUUCCACAUUUGUAAAUUGUACAAAACAGUUUUGUUUUAAAAAUAAUAAAUUCUAAUUUGUAAAUAUUU